CAGCCCAGAGCCAGGCCAGUGUUGUGGUGCCGCUCGCCGCGCGCGGACCGUGUGUCGCUCCGCCGCUGUUCCGCGUCCCGCUUGCGUCCCACUCCGCGUCCCGCCCCGUCACGCCCGCGCCGCGCCCUCCCCGUCGUGCUCGUGCUCACAUGGAUUACCAGCUCGCCGUGCCACCGUCCUCUGCCCAGUAGAAGUACUCCUCGAGGGUCGCUCACCGUCACCAGCGAACGCCACCGACCCCGCCCACCUCCCCGCCGCCGCCACCACCACCAUGGACGUGAUCACCACGAUCACGAUGAACCCCGUGCUGGCCGGCGUCGAGCCGGACUCCAAGCAGACCCUGGAGGUGGCCGUCGACGACGCCGCCCCGCGCCCGCUCACGCCCGUGAUGCCGCGGCGCGGGCUGUCCCACCUGCCCGAGCGGCCGCCCGUCGACAUCGAGUUCACCGACCUGACCUACACCGUGCCGCAGGGGCGCAAAGGGUCAAAGAUGAUCUUGCGAAGUGUGUCCGGCCUCUUCCGGUCCGGGGAGCUCACGGCCAUCCUGGGCCCGUCUGGAGCCGGCAAGUCGACGCUGCUCAACGUGCUGGCGGGCUACAAGACGGGCGACGCCACGGGCACCAUCAACAUCAACGGCCGCCCCCGUGACGCGGCCGUCUUCCGCAAGCUCUCCCGGUACAUCAUGCAGGAGGACUUGCUGCAGCAGCACAUCACCGUGCUCGAGUCCAUGACGAUCGCGGCCGACCUCAAGCUGGGAAACACGCUGAGCAGAGCCCAAAAGCGGACAGCGAUCGACGAGAUCCUGGACAUGCUCCGGCUAACCAAGGCACGUGACACCCAGACCUCGAAGCUGUCCGGCGGCGAGCGCAAGCGGCUGUCCAUCGCCCAGGAGCUUGUCAACAACCCGCCCGUCAUCUUCCUGGACGAGCCGACCACCGGGCUGGACGACCUGUCCUCCUCGCAGUGCAUCCAGCUGCUCAAGAUGCUGGCGCGCGGCGGGCGGACCGUCAUCUGCAGUGUGCACACGCCCUCCGCCAAGCUGUUCGACAUGUUCGACCACGUGUACAUCGUGAGCGAGGGCCAGUGCGUGUUCCAGGGCAAGGGCAGAGACAUUGUACCGUUCCUCUCUUCCCUUGGGCUCCAGUGCCCCAAGACGUACAACCCCGCAGACUUCAUGGUGGAAGCCGCAAGUGGAGAGUAUGGAAAUCACACUGAAAGGAUGUCUGCUGCUGUUGACAAUGGACGGUGUUACCGGUGGUGUAAAGAUCCCAGGACCCUUCAGCAUCAAAGUUCAAGGACUGACAUAGUCAACACCUCACCCAGUGCAAACUACGAUUUCAGUAGUUCAAGUUUCAUGCAAUUCCGAAUUCUUAUGUACCGCAAUUUGCUGCAAACUUGGAGAGAUUCUGGGUACUUAUUGCUUGUUGCAUCAAUGCACUUUUUUGUUGCUCUAAUCAUUGGAAUGCUGUUCUACCAAAUGGGAAAUGAUGGAUCAAAAACAAUAUUCAACUUUGGAUUUUGCUUCACAUGCAUCAUUGUAUUUAUGUAUAUCCCUAUGCUUCCCAUUCUUUUAAAAUUUCCAGGUGAAGUACAGCUCUUGAAACGAGAAUACUUCAAUCGAUGGUACAGCUUAAAUGCAUACUUCUGUGCAAUGACAGUAGCAAGAUUACCAACUCAGAUAAUUUUGGGACUUCUCUACAUUGCUUUGGUGUACCCUAUAACUGAUCAGCCUCUUGAACCUAUGCGCCUAUUGAAGUUCAGCAUAAUUUGCCUAUUGGUAUCAGUGGUUUCAGAAAGUUUCGGCCUUAUUAUUGGAUCUACUUUGAGUCUAGUGAAUAGUAUGUUUGUCGGCCCAGCAUUUUCUGUUCCUUUCAUGCUUCUUGCGGUGUAUGGAAUGGGUAAUGGCUCUGAUGAAAAUGCAAUUCCGCUACACUAUAGACUGGCGAUGUCUCUAUCAUACCUUCGCUAUGGUUUAGAGGGUAUUGUCAUCUCGAUCUAUGGUGAUCAUAGAGCAUCUCUUGUUUGCCCUGAUAGUGAGGUUUACUGCCCUCUCCAAGAUCCACGCCAGCUUCUGAGAGAGAUGGGCAUGGAGCAUGUGAAAUAUUGGGUAGAUGUUGUGGCUCUUGUCUCCUCAUUCAUCUUAUUCCGGCUAUUAUCUUACACUGUGCUCCGAGUCAGAUUGUCUACAACUAAACCUAUUCCUGCAGUCAAUUUUAUUAGUAGAAUGGUCAAGACUCAUUUAAACAUCAACUUACGAUGAUUGAGAGGACACAAAGAGAUUUGUGAAACAGACUGAUCUUAGCUACUUUUCCAUGACAUUAAAACUGUGAACCACUGUUUGAUUGAAACAAUCCGGUGGCAAUAAUUAGAUUAUCUAUUUGUCUGGACUGUAGAUUUUAUAUGUGUGUGAAAUUCAAAUAUAUAUAUAUAUAUAGAUGAAUGUAUAUAUUUUAUUUAAUAAAGUGUUGAUUGUUUUUAAAAGGUGUUAAUAUACUUGUCAAGUUGUGAAGCUAAUUUAUAACUGAUUUAUGUUACACUUAAAAAAUGGCCGAAUGCCACUCUUCAAAUAAAAUAUGGGUGGAAAGGAAAGUACAUAAGUAUCUUCAAGUUAGGAUAUGUAUCACUGUUCAUGAGUGUACAGUUCUGUAUUGACAGACUGUUUAUAAAGUGUCUUGAUCUAGAUGUUUAUUGUAUUUGUAUUUUACAAAUAUUUUCAAGGUGUUUGCUCAUUUAUUUGUUCUUUGCUGCAUUCAGAAUGUAUGCUUUUUUAUUUCUCCUCUACCAGGAUGCUAAUAGUGAUAUAAUGAAUGUGAUAGCUUAGUAGCCACAUUCCUCCAUUAUCAUAAUGUGAUAGAAACUAUGUUAGAAAACUCAAUGUCUACAAGAAACAGUUAGGUGUUUCUUAAAAGUAAUCUACAGGGAAUACUCCAAUUUCCCGACAAAUGGCUAUAUGAUGUAACCAUAAUUGCUUUAUGUUUUGUGCAGAUACAGCGUGAAUGUUGUUAAAGAAAUGAACUGUGAUACUCUUGGAAAGUUAGCCGAAAGUUUAUCUACAAUCUAUUUUAGAAAUAUAAGGUAAAACCCACAUAACAGAAGAUAUCUUAUGCAUAUUUUGAAUUUUUCAAGAAAUGCCAUGUAUGAUGAUAUAUGAAAUAAUGCCUUCUUUCAGAUGUAGCAAAGAUGUUUUUGCUCUGUGGGAAUGCAUUACUGUAGAGUAUUGACUGUAGUAUUGAAGAAAUACAACUUUUUCCUCUCGGAGGGUGUCUGUUACUUAUGCAGUAGCCAACUGGCUUGUUAAUGUGAGCCGCAUCAGUGACUUGUGAACUAUAGCCCCUUGGAUUCUCUUGUGGCUCAAGCAAUAGUUGCAGAGUUGCAAAAUUAUAAUUUCAUUUGAUAUCCUCUGAGAGCAGGAAAAUCAAAUUCCUCAACUACUGAAAGUAUUUAAAACAUGUGAGUGUGUGAAGCAGUCUAUGCGUUUUCCUAUUGUUUGAAUUUGUAUGGAUUUUCCAAAUAAAAACACUGUUUUUGCAAAAUUUUAAACAAUAA